AUGGACGCUGAUAAGAGAAGCGAUCUCGUGAUUCUCUUCAUUAACGGCAAAAAGGUAACAAUCAGUGAUGCAGAUCCAGAAACUAUGCUGCUCUCCUUUCUCAGAGAGAAACUACGUCUUACAGGUACCAAGUACGGCUGUGGAGGAGGUGGAUGUGGUGCCUGCACCGUCAUGGUGUCCAGAUAUGAAACUCGGACCAAGAGCAUCCAUCACUUUACUGCUAAUGCCUGUCUGAUGCCUAUUUGCCAACUAAAUGGAGCGGCUGUGACCACAGUUGAGGGCAUUGGAAACAGCAAAACCAAACUACACCCUGUGCAGGAGCGUAUAUCCAAAGCCCAUGGUUCUCAGUGUGGGUUUUGCACUCCAGGAAUGGUCAUGUCUAUGUACACAUUGUUGAGAAACAUACCAAAACCCACUAUGGAGGAUAUCACCCAGGCACUUGGGGGUAACUUGUGCAGGUGCACCGGGUAUCGACCAAUCAUUGAUGGCUAUCGCACCUUUUGUGAGAGUGUAAAGUGUUGCCAGAUGAAUGGCGCUGCCUGCUGUAUGUCAAGUAAAGAGGCAUCAGCGAACAAUGAUCAUCUGGAGCUGUUCAGUAAACAGGAGUUUCUUCCUCUGGACCCGACACAGGACCUGAUUUACCCUCCAGAGCUCAUACUAAUGGCAGAGAGUCAAGAAAAAACCACAAAGACAUUUCAGGGAGAGAGGAUGACCUGGAUCUCCCCUGUGUCUCUUAAUGAGCUGCUUCAUCUGAAGUCUCAAUACCCACAAGCCCCUCUUGUGAUGGGAAACACCAAUAUAGGGUUGGAUAUCAAGUUCAAAGGUGCUAUACAUCCCAUAAUAAUUUCACCCACUCGUGUGACAGAACUGUUUGAAGUUGCUCACAAGCCAGAAGGUGUACAUAUUGGAGCAGGUUGUAGUUUAUCCACCGUACGAAGUGUGUUGGAGAAGUGUGUAGGUACGCUUUCAGUAGAGCUCACACAGACGUACUCGGCACUGCUGGAGCAGCUGAAACAUCUGGGAGGAGAGCAGAUCCGCAACGUAGCUACUCUUGGUGGAAACAUUGCCAGUGCAUAUCCAAACUCAGACCUAAAUCCUGUUCUCGCAGCUGGAAGAAGCUCAGUGCUGCUGCUGUCUAAAGAUGGGAAACGGGAAGUCCCUCUGGAUAAGAAUUUCUUUGUGGGAUUUCGAAAGACGAUUCUCAAACCGGAUGAGAUUGUGAUGUCAGUUUUCAUUCCAAUUUUAAGAAAGGGUGAACUUGUGUGCGCCUUCCGUCAGUCUCCACGUAAAGAGAACGCUCUGGCCACGGUGAAUGCCGGCAUGCGUGUGUGGUUUCAUGAGGGCUCAGAUGUGGUGAAGGAGAUCACCGUGUACUAUGGAGGAGUUGGAGCACACACGCUCAGCGCAGACAGUACAACACAACAGAUCAUCGGCAGGCCAUGGACAGAGGCAACAUUUCAUGGUGCAUAUACCGCACUGCUUGAUGAUGUCACUUUGGAGACGUCAGCUCCAGGAGGGAAGGUGCUAUUCCGCAGAUCUCUGACUCUCAGUAUGCUCUUCAGGUUCUACCUGCACGGUUUGCAGCACCUCAAACAGGCAAACGUCAUUAAAGCUGAAAUUCCCAAAGUUGAGCUGAGUGCAGUUGAGCCCCUGCCCAAUCACAUUCACCCCGGAUUUCAAGAGUUCCAGGCUGACUCAGAGAAGGACUGUGUUGGGCGAGCGUUGCCUCACCGCUCCGCUGUCUCACACGCUACAGGAGAAGCUGUGUACUGCGAUGAUAUUCCACACACAGAUGGAGAGCUCUUCCUGACUGUCGUCACCAGCACCAGAGCACACGCCAAGAUCACCCACAUUGACGUAAAGAGUGCUCUAAUGAAACCUGGUGUUGUGGAUGUGAUCACUGCCAAAGAUAUUCCAGGCAGGAACGCCAUAAACUUUUCUGGAAUCGAUGAGGAGUUGCUAGCUGAAGAAGAGGUGACCUGUGUGGGUCAUAUGAUUUGUGCCGUCGUCGCCGAUACGAAGCAGCACGCUAAACUGGCAGCAGCAGCACUGAAUAUCAUCUAUGAGGACCUGCCUGAGCGAAUCUUCACUGUAGAGGAGGCUGUAGAGAAGAGAUCCUUCUUUUCUUCUCAGAGAGAGAUUCAGAGAGGAGACGUGACCACAGCAUUUCAGCAGGCAGACCACAUUUAUGAAGGCGAGAUUCGGCUUGGGGGCCAGGAGCAUUUCUAUAUGGAGACGCAAAGCAUGCUGGUCAUUCCAGUAGGAGAGGAAAAGGAAAUGAAAGUCUAUGUGUCCACACAACACCCAACAGGCAUCCAAAUGGCAAUAGCAGAUGCAUUGAGCAUCCCAUCCAAUCGAGUUUCUUGCCACGUUAAGCGGGUCGGUGGUGCGUUUGGGGGUAAAGUGACCAAAACACAAAUUCUGGCCUGCCUCACAGCUGUGGCUGCAUUGAGGACUGAGCAGCCAGUACGCUGUGUUUUGGAAAGAGGAGAGGACAUGUUGAUAACAGGAGGGCGCCACCCGGUGCUGGGAAAGUAUAAGGUGGGCUUCAUGAACGAUGGCAGAAUCAUUGCAGCUGAUGUUCACUACUAUGCCAAUGCAGGCAAUACAGCGGAUGAAUCCACACUGGUCACUGAGAAGAUCCUGCUCCACAUGGAUAACGCGUAUAACAUCCCGAAUCUUCGCGGGCAGUCAAUUGCCUGCAAAACAAACCUGCCUUCAAAUACAGCAUUCAGAGGUUUCGGGGUACCGCAAACCAUGAUGGUCAUUGAAAACAUGAUCAACGACGUGGCCAUGAUACUCAAACGGCCAGCUGAGGAGAUCAGGGAGCAGAACUUGUAUAAGGAGGUGUCUCUCACGCACUAUAAGAUGGAGUUCGAUCCCGAGAACCUGCUGCGCUGCUGGGCAGAGUGUAAGGAGAAAGCUGAUCUUACUCGCAGGCGUGAAAGUAUCGCUCAGUUUAACCAAAACAACCGCUGGAAGAAGAGAGGCAUGGCCCUGGUCCCCAUUAAGUACGGCAUCGGCUUCGCUGAAGGCUUUCUAAACCAGGCUGCUGCUCUGGUACACAUCUAUAAGGAUGGAUCGGUGUUAAUAAGCCACGGAGGGACUGAGUUGGGUCAGGGUAUACACACCAAAAUCCAACAGGUGGCGAGUCGAGAGCUGAACAUCCCGCUUUCUCUAAUCCACAUUACUGAGACCUGUACAAGCUCCGUGCCAAACACGCCUCCUUCUGCUGCAUCUUUUGGCACUGAUGCCAAUGGAAUGGCUGUUAAAGACGCUUGUCAAACUCUAUACAAACGACUUGAGCCAAUCAGGAAGCAGGAUCCAAAUGGUACUUGGCAAAGCUGGAUUAAAAAAGCAUUUCUGGAAAGGAUCCAUCUGUCAGCUUCUGGAUUUUACAGAGGCCAGGAGGCAGGUAUGGACUGGGAGAAACAGGAGGGAAGGCCGUAUUUAUAUUUCACAUAUGCUGCAUGCUGCAGUGAGGUGGAGCUCGACUGUCUGACAGGUGAUUACAGGACUGUGAGAACAGACAUGGUGGUGGACAUUGGCAGAAGCAUAAAUCCAUCUAUCGACAUCGGCCAGAUUGAAGGCGCAUUUAUGCAGGGUCUGGGUCUCUACACUAUGGAAGAACUGAAGUUUUCCCCCUCUGGAGUUCUGUACACACGGGGUCCAGGCCAGUAUAAGAUUCCUGCUGUGUGUGAUGUACCACUGCAGUUUAACAUCUACUUGCUGGCUGGAUCCGAGAACCCCCACGCCAUCUACUCAUCAAAGGGUAUUGGUGAGCCCACACUGUUUUUGGGCAGCUCUGUGUUUUUCGCCAUAAAGGAGGCUGUCAUGGGGGCAAGAAAAGAUGCCGGUUUAGAUGAACCAUUCAUCCUAAAUAGCCCUGCUACGCCGGAACGAGCGUGUCUCGCAUGCAGCACAGAUUUUACAAGGAUGAUUCCAAACUCUAAAUCAGGAACAUCGUCAUCAGAGCUGGACCUUCCAUGAGCUUUUUAUCAUCUCAUUGUUGGAUUUAUUACGUAUUUGAAAAUGUAAUUACAUUUACGAAUUCUUAAAAUAUACUAUAAUUAAUGAUAUGGCUAUAAAUGAGCACUAUCAUCUAUUAGUCGUGUAAUAUUUCAAGCUAUUACAAU